AUGAAGACUAAAAAGUUGGAUGGAAUUGAUACCCCUUCUAAUUAUCAGCAGGUUGAUGUGUUGGAAAAAGAGAAAGAUAAGGAAAAGGAAGUUGUGGUGAAGACUCUCCCAAAACCACCACCUUUCUUCUCCCAGAGAUUGAAGAAGAAGUUGACAGUAAAUAUGCCUUUGAUAGAGGCGCUUGAGCAAAUGCCAAGAUAUGCUAAAUUUAUGAAGGAUGUUGUGACGAAGAAAAGAGCGAAGAAGGCAGAUGCAAGAGCAUUCACUGUUCCUUAUACAAUUGGGUCUCUGGAAUUUUCUAAGGACUUCUGUGAUCUAGAAGCGAGCAUUAAUUUGAUGCCGCUAGCUGUUUAUAAAAAGUUAGGUUUGGGAGAUCCCACACCCACCAUCAUGUGA